CUGCAAUUUGAACAGAACAUGAAUGAUAUUGUAAAAGUUCUAAGCAGAGAAAUCUGGAAUUUAAAUUUAAAACCAAACGAUCUAAUACUUUCAGGAAUCCUAGAUACUGAAGAAAUAAGAGAAAGAAAUCCUGGAUUUUUGCAGAUGUUGCAUGAUACAAAUAUGCUAAAUAGUUUUGAAGAAAUAAUUACACGAUUAUUAUUGCCAGGAAAAUUAUCAAGUUUUGUUAGAAACUACCUUUGUGAAAAAGAGAUGAAAAUCUCUAAUAAUGAAUAUAGAUCUUUAUAUAUUUCGAUGAGAACCUUUAUUGAUUCAAUGGAUCAUGCUAUGAGUCAUAUAUCUGCCAAUAGAAAUAAUGCUAAUAGUGAUGGACCUAUCAAGAAAGCUGAUAUGUUUGAUAUGUUGAAUUCAUCAGACAAAGAAUUUUGCAUAGUAGAUAAAGACAACAAGGAUAAAAGCAAUUACAAAAAAGAUGAUAGUAGUAGUGAAGAAAUAGAGGAAAGUUGUAGUAGAAAGGAAGAGUGGACUGAAGAUGAAAAUUACGAUUCUUUAGAUAUUAUAUCUGGAAAGAUUAGUAGCAAUAGUGAUGAUAAUGAUGAGGAUAGUGAAAAUAGAGAUAGCAGUGAA